AUGGACUCCGCUCGCCCCAAAAGGAAGACGACUGUCAACGUCAACUACAAAGAAAAAAGCGAGCUUGACCUUGUGCAAGAACAAGAAAGAGAAUCAAAUGUCAUAAAGAAACCCGCCAAAAAAUCCGAGCCUUCCAAGCCCGACACGCCUACAAAGCUAGCAGGUAAGAACAAGAGCCAGGAUAAGUCUCAAUAUGUUCCGGUUGACGAAGUAGUGCCGACAAAUUUUCAGCCAAAGUGUGAUCAAGAUUUCAACGUUUUGCUUGAUCUCAAGGGCGCAAAAGUGGAAAACAACGUUCUCACGCUCAAGGAUGGAACCAGAAUAAAGAAGGGAGAUUUCAUAUACAUGAUAUGUGAGCCUCCCGGAGAACCGUAUUACAUCGCAAGAAUAAAGGGGUUUGUGCGGAAAGAGAAGGACGAUGCCACCAAAAGCGCAAAAAACUACAACUUCGAGGUCUGCUGGUUUUAUCGGCCCCGUGAUCUCAACAGAAAGUCCCCUGAUUCAAGGUUGUUAUUUGCAUCUCUGCAUAUGGAUGAAUGUCCUAUUUCAAGUUUUCGAGGUUUCGUGACCGUCAAGCAUCGAGCAGAAAUCGAAGAUUUGGACGCAUACCGAAUGAUUCCUCACAGUUUUUACUUUGAAAAGCUCUACGAUAGAUACAUGGUGAAAAUGUACGACGUACUGCCAACGAUUAAGCUUACGAACCUGCCACCGAAUUAUUAUAAAGCUCUCACGAAGCGCUUUGAAUAUAUUUUUGUCGAGGUGGGACGAGGCCAAGAUCUAUUAUCAGACCCCAAAAAUUGUGAAAAGUGUAUGCAAUGGGCCGCAUCCUCUGAUUCAAUACAAUGCUUGAGAUGCCAAAAGAUUUACCAUUUGCUUUGUGUGGAUCCACCUAUCACGAGCAAACCCAAAAGGGGUUUCGCAUGGUUUUGUGCUGCAUGUAAUAAAGUGCUCGAGGAAGAGUUGUCGGAGAAGCGCGGUCAUAUGCUCCACAGCGGUCUUCCUUCACAGAUUGCAGCGUCGAUAAAGGAUGAAGAUUCAGAUGUAAGUGAGGACGUUUCUAGUUCCCAGACGCCCAUGGAAGCAGAAUCCAGGUCUGAAUCCAUUCAGACAAACGAAACAGAACUGCCUAACAGCAAGCUUGCACGGUAUGAGGAGCUUGCCGUUGCAUUUCUCGAAGCAGAUAAAAACUUGAGUUUCGAAAAAAGGAGAGAGAUCGAAGAGUGGCCAUACAGAUACCUCGGUAUGCAUGCUAAACUAGAGGACGCGCUAGAUCUUCAAGACCGACCAUAUCCGCGAGCGGCAUCGAGACUUGGAACAAAGCAUCAGUUCACUGGAAUUGUCGAUUGGUACGGCCAUCCAGUCGUAUACUAUGACGAUUCUGACUAUCCAAAGGCCAGAAACCGCAAAAAAAAUACCAAAAAGAAGACAGCAUUGCAGACUGAGGAAGGCUGCGGUAGUUUCCCCAUGCCGAAGAAGUACAGAGAUUGUGAUCCUAGUGAUUUACCAAAAUGGCUCCAACCGAAGCCGAAGGGAUAUAUAGAGCGAGGCACGGAUGCUACCAGCGAGCUCCUUUGGAAACAACCGGAAAAUGAUGAUGGAAUGGUCGAAAAAUAUUUGGACGAUGCAAAGCCUUUUGUAGAGAGGCUGGGUAUGAUUCCUACAACACCCAAUUUCAUUGACGCUGCACUGAGGACUCUGAUGCACAAUGAUUAUAAUCCAGAAAAAGCUUUACAGGAAGUAUCCAAAUUUACCAGAGACUCUUUGAAGGAACCAACUUUCACACCAGAAGAAAUCCAAAGAUUCGAGGAGUCUGUCAAGAUAAAUGGAAGUGAGUUAUUCCCUGUGUUCAAAGAUGUUAAGACCCAGUCGUCAGCUAUGAUAGUUAGAUUUUACUACCUUUGGAAAAAAACCAAAAAUGGCCAUUUGAUUUGGGAUAACUACGCAGGCAGACCUAAGAAUCGUUUGACAAAGCUUGCAAAAGCAGAUGGUGUCGAUGUUAAUGAUCCUGUGGAUGAUUCUUCUUACAGUACAGAGAAGAUUGAGAGAAAUAAUGUCACUUUUGAGUGUAAGCACUGUCAUACAAGAGCUUCCAAGAAAUGGUUCAAGCUUUCGGGAACCACUCUUCCAGAAUCGUACCAACAGGUGUUCCCAGGUCUUUGUUUACGGUGUGCUCGUCUAUGGAGAGAAUAUGGUGUGGAAUGGGAAGAUCCUUAUGAGAUUAUGCGCAAACAAAGCCAACGGGGUGGAAAUGGCUGGAAGCGGAAGAUUGAGUUUGAGCUGUACGAGGAUGCUCGCAAAAUUAUCAAAGCAAGAGAUGAAUAUCAAUUACGUCCUCGCAAAUACACAGAUUUUGACAAGAAGUCAGAUACAUCGCGAAGGAGCAAGUCAAAAAUAAAGGAAGAAAUAGAUGCAUCUGAAGAUCCACUAGAGGAUAAGCUGAAGAAAAAGUCAAUCAAGGUCAAAAAGCCUCCAAGGCCAGAGACGGUUCAAAAGCAAUCUUUAACAGUCACCCUACCAUACUCUGAAGUGAGAAAAGGCGAAGAAGUGCUGAAUCUCAAGAAAAGAUCUUCCGAAGAAGAUCCUGAAAAGAAAAACAAAAAGCAGAAGCCUGCUCCGCUGGAAUCCCGCUACGAAAGCAAGUUUGAUAUCCCUUUGCCAAAAUUCCAACUCAAGGGAGAGAAACAAUACAAACCACCAUUUGCGAACGAUACGCGUGCAUGUUGCGUGUGUAGAGAGUAUGGAAUGGCCCAAGAGAUUUUGAUUUGCACUUCAUGUGGUUUGAAUGUUCAUGCAUCAUGCUAUGGAGAUAUCAAUAUGGAAUCGCUAACGGAUCUGAGCAGUUUUAAGUGGCUUUGCGAUACUUGUUCAAACGACUUGCAUCCUUUAUACUCCACUGAUUACAAAUGCGUUCUGUGCCCGGCAAAGGAGACAGAUAUUCAGGGAGGUAAACUAGGAUUUCCUUACUCGUACCCGGAUGCCCUGAAGCGAACAGCCAGUGGUAACUGGUGCCAUAUCAUUUGUGCCACAUUUGACCCUUAUUGCGAGUUUGGAUCCACCUCUUUGCAACCAGUGUUUGGUACAGAGCUUUCUCUUUUGAAAAACACGGGAAAAGAAUGCACUAUUUGUGGAUUUGGUGGCAGUCUCCUUGACUGUAAAGUUUGUCAGAAGCCUAUGCACGUAACAUGUUGCUUGGAUACUGAAGGCUGCGCUGUUGGAUUUGAGUUGGUUCCUGAUAGAACACUCAAUUUGAAAUUGAAAGAUGUCAACAGAUCAUUGCGACCAGUACCCCAGAUAGUGUGCUGCAGUCACUUGUCACCAGAUCUCGUUUCCUUACGUGCUUUUGGAAAAAUGAAAGGAAAGAAGGAACAACCACUCAUUAAACUUUAUUGCACAGAGCUUAAACAGAAUAAGUCUGCAGUAACAGGCGAGUACUGGCAUCGACUCUGCAACGAAUCUCUCGAACUGAUGGGAAGAAAUACUCCGCGGGUUGAUCUCCCUGUACCCGUUACCCAUGAAUGCCUGCACUGUCAUAAUACAAGAUCUCUGAGAUGGUAUGAAGAAGCAGGUAGUCAGGGUGAAGUGUGCCAUCAAUGCUAUGUGAGGAAGAAAAAUGAUGAGAGUUUGAUAGAUGUGCUACCCGAUGUUCAAUCUUUGAACAGGGUUGCGCUCAAUGCUACGAAGUUUGGAUUAAUUGGGCUCGAUGACAAAUUGAAAGAUUCUAGAAUGUCUAUUAAAGAUAUGCUGUCUUGA